AUGGCCGAGCACUACACACCGUACGCACAGCACCAGCAGCAGCAGCACCCGCAGGGCGCGUGGGACCGACGCAACAAGCAGCUGCCGGUCAGCCACCGCUUGGUGAAGGCAGCCACCGCCGCCACCGCCGGCGGGUCCCUCCUCCUCCUGUCUGGGCUGACCCUGGCGGCCACGGUGGUGGGCCUCACACUCGCCACGCCGCUUCUGGUGAUCUUCAGCCCGGUGCUGGUGCCGGCCGUCAUCACGGCGGCGGUGCUCGGGUUAGGUUUCCUGGCGUCCGGCGGGUUUGGGGUGGCGGCGCUGAGCGUGCUGACGUGGAUAUACAGGUACGUGACGGGGAGGCACCCGGUCGGGUCGGACCAGCUGGACUCUGCCCGGACCAAGCUGGCGGCGAAGGCCCGGGACAUGAAGGACAGGGCAGAGCAUUACGGGCAGCAUGACGUCAGGGGGACAUACUCUUCUUAG